CGCAAUCGUGAAGGAUUGAAAAUGCGCCUCCAGAAGAGAGUGAUGGUGCUUCUUGCGUUGGUGUGGAUGUGUGAUUUCGCUCUUUGCGCAAGAAAGUCUAGUGCACGCAAGUCGGAGAGGUUGAGUCCACCGCUGGACAUUCAGCUGGAGACGGUCAACUGCACAGCGUUUAGCGUUCGGUGGAAAAUGCCCCGUAGACACGUCAGCACUAUCACUGGCUACAAGGUGUUUUACACGGAGAUGAGGAAUAAUCGUCCAACUAGCAACGCUGUUGCCCUGGAAGUACCAUUGAGUUUGGAAAUGCUCACAACUGGACAGUUUGAUGGCCAAGCCAGCUUUGAUGUGGUGAUCGGGAACUUGAAGGUGGCCACGCAGUACCGUGUCAGUGUGGGGGCGUACGGCUGGGCAGGGGAGGGCCGACCCAGCAUGCCCCGGGACAUCGGCACUGGCUCUCUCGAAAAGUGCAUGCCUCCUGCGCCUCCGACCCAGCCUAAAGUGGUCCCAGUGUCAGACACAGAACUGGCCUUGUCUUGGCAGCAUGGAGAGAGUGAAGGAAGUGCACCUGUGCUAUACUUCCUUGUGGCGUAUAUCAGGCCAGAGAUGGACACUGAAUGGAUGUACAUCAGAGAGCCAGUAGAGUCGAACUCUAUGGUGCUCAAGGGUCUGCUUCCUGAGACGGAGUAUCAGUUUGUCAUCAGGGCUGUGAACGCGCACGGGAUCAGUCCUCCCAGUGCCAUUAACAACCCCGUGCGCACUCUCGGUUCAUCAGAUAUAGGCAGUGGAGACUACGAUGUUUUCGUCUCAAACUCUGACAGUAAAGAUGAGGACGGGUUUGAAAUCGAUGACUCAGAUUAUGACGUCUUCAUUGAGGAGAUAAAGUCGUUUCCUAGCGGUAAGAAAAGCGGCAGACGGUCUCAGCUCCGCUCCCGCGUCGGGACUCCCGGAAACGGAAAUGUUAUUUAUAGGAUGCGUACACCUGUUUCCCAAAAUAUCAGCUUCACUCCAACAGCAGCAACAGCAUGGACCACAUCAACAGCAGCUCCUGUAACCACAGCAACACUCACUAGCUCCUCCCCCAGGACCAUCUCACCUGUUAUACUGACAGGCUCCGCCCCCAGCACACCUCCUCCCGUGGUUCCUUCUCCCAGUCCGUCAAUGACGCCGUGGAAAGACGAAAGACCCCGGGUCUAUGACGUACCGUGUGACGAGACGGUCUGCCCUCCUGACAGCUUCUGCCUCAACGAUUAUGACACCGGAGGCUCUAGAUGUCACUGCAACCUCGGCCGACAGGGAGACUUCUGCUCAGAGGGUCUGACGGUAAAUUUCCCCAAAUUCUACGGCUACUCCCACAUGACGUUUGAACCUCUUAAAAACUCUUAUCAGAGCUUCCAGAUCAGCCUGGAGUUUAAGGCAGAGGCUGAGGACGGAUUGCUGUUGUAUUGUGGAGAAAAUGAGCACGGUAGAGGAGAUUUCACCUCCCUGGCCCUCGUACGGGGAAAACUACACUACAGGUUUAACUGCGGUACGGGUGCAGCUCAGAUCGUGAGUGACAGCUCUAUUGUGGUUGGACAGUGGCACGCUGUCACAAUAUUUCGAGACGGCAUGAAUGGCUGGCUGAGAUUAGACAACGACACACCGGUGUCGGGCCGUUCUCAGGGUCAGUACACUAAAAUAACUUUCCGUACGCCUUUGUUUUUGGGCGGAGCUCCGAAUGCCUAUUGGCUGGUGAGGGCAGUGGGCACCAAUCGCGGCUUCCAGGGCUGCAUGCAGAGUCUGACCGUCAACAGUAAAGCCAUUGACAUCCGACCCUGGCCUAAAGGAAAUGCACUGAGUGGAGCAGACAUCGGCGAGUGCAGUAACAGUGUGUGUGAGAAGGUCACCUGUGCUAAUGGAGGAAUCUGCUUUGCCAACCGCGCGGACGGCUUCAUCUGCCUGUGUCCUCUGGGCUAUAAAGGCUUCCUCUGCGAGGAGAGUUUCCUGCUGUCUCUACCCCAGUUUAACGAGAGCAUGUACUCGUACGCCAGCGCCCCCUGGCCUCAGCCCUCCCACAACUACCUGUCUUUCAUGGAGUUUGAGAUGACCUUCCAGCCGACCAAUCCUGACGGCACGCUGCUCUACACCGACGAUGCAGCUAGUCGUGAUUUCCUGUCAAUCAGCCUGGUGGCAGGAUACGUGGAGUUCCGCUUCGACUGCGGCUCAGGAGCUACAGUGAUCAGGAGCGAAGAGGCCGUUGCUAUGGACGUGUGGCACGAGUUGCGUGUCUCUCGUACGGCAAAAAAUGGCAUUUUGCAGGUAGACAACCAGAGACCAGUGGAAGGCAUGGCAGAGGGUGCAUUUACACAGAUAAAGUGUAGUUCUCCUCUCUAUAUUGGAGGAGUCCCUAAUUAUGAUAUUACUAAGACGAGCGCUGGGGUCCUGAGACCCUUCAGUGGAACGGUGCAGAAGAUCAGUCUGAAUGACCGCACUAUAGAGCUGAACCCCGGUCAGGCUUUUGGGGUGAACGUGUUGAACGCACAUCACCCGUGUGUGGAGAACCCGUGCGCUAACGGAGGAACGUGUAGGCCGAAGUGGGACGGAUACGACUGUGACUGUGCGCUUGGGUAUGAUGGGAAACACUGUCAGAAAGAAUGUGGGAAUUAUUGCUUAAACACUGUCACUGAGUCUAUCGAGAUCCCUCAGUUCACUGGACGCAGCUAUCUGACGUACGACAACAGAGAUAUCCUCAAAAGGGUAUCAGGUUCCAGAACAAACAUGUUCAUGCGUUUUAAGAGCACUUCUAAAGACGGUCUUUUACUGUGGCGAGGGGACAGUCCAAUGAGAGCCAACAGUGACUAUCUGUCUCUGGGCCUUCAAGACGGAGCGCUCAUUUUCAGUUAUAAUCUUGGUAGCGGGGCCGGCGCUGUGGUCAUUAAUGGCACGUUUAGUGACGGCAAAUGGCACAGAGUGAAGGCUGUCAGGGAUGGACAGUCUGGAAAACUAACCGUCGAUGAUUACGGAGCUAAAACCGGCAGAUCUCCUGGAAAGAUGAGACAGCUGAACAUCAAUGGUGACCUUUACAUUGGUGGGAUGAAGGAGAUUGCGUUGCACACUAACAGGCAGUACAUGCGAGGUUUAGUGGGAUGCAUUUCUCAUUUCACUCUGGCCACGGACUACCAUCUGUCUCUGGUUGACGAUGCAGCUGACGGCAAAAACAUCAACACCUGCACCAACUGAACACCUCGGAAACACCAGCUACGGAUCUCCAACAUCUGUGACCCGAGAACAACAUCAUCGAAAUAACAGCAAAACCAGGAACACCGUCAUCACUGACCUCCGAGAAGCAACGGAGACAUCUGCAGUUGCAGCCAAAACGAAUAAACCCCCCGUUCAGCCCUUCGAGACGAUCGUAGCUUGUCAACAGUGAGCUGUAACGUAAUAACAGAGCCAAACCUACAGCAUUCAGAUUGGAACCUUGUAAAUGUCUUGAGAUGAGGAUGAAAGUGUUUUCCAUUAUACACCAAAUUCCUGCACCACCAGCAAGAGUCGGGCGUUUUUUUCUUUAACUUCUGCACUCGGUGUAAUAACGAAACAGUUUUCAAAAAAUGAGCAUCUCGGUAAAUAAAUGUUAGCUCGGAGGUUGCUUGCGCAUCAUGCGACAAUUGAUCUUUUAAAUCAUACUCAAUAGUCACACAUAAGCAUAUUUAUACGCCAAACUGUGUAUGUUUUCACAUCUACAAGCCCUUUUUUAUGGCACUUACUGUAUGAUUCUGCAACCACUUCUUGUUAGUCAGAUGGGUCCUCUUGUGUUACUCUCUACAAGGGCAAAGAUGAGAGGCAAAUGUAUUUAUAUGAUUAUUGCUUUUUUUAUACCAUUAAUUUUGAAUCAGUAUUCAAACCCACGAGUUUAUAGAGAAAGAUGGUUGUGAUAAAUAGCUGUCACGUAGUGUAGUAAACUUCUCUCUUUUGAGGUAAUGUUUGCACUGUGAGGUCUUAGGCUGCUAGUGGUGGAAGGACAAAGUGAUAUGAUUUAUUUUUUUUUUUUUUUGUAUCAGAGGUUUCUCUUUAACGUCUCUGCCUCUCUUUUCCUUCUAGCUACACUCUUUUAUGAAUCCCAAAGACUCUUUUAUAGCUGCCGUAGCUCUUUAUUUUUGUUCGUGUAAGUUAAUGGAUGUCUGCAAAAAAUUGCAUCUCUUAAUUUUUUCUGCCUUGAUGUUUUAAAAGCCUAUCAUUUUGCCAUCAAAAACGUGACUUAUUGAUUUCAUUAAAUAAAAAGAAUGUCAGACGCAUUUUAUGCGGGUGUAUCUUUAAAUAUAUAGGUUGUGACGAACC